AUGACGGCGACGGAUCGGGAACAGAUUGAAGGCUUGCGUGCGAUCCGAGCCUUCCUGAAGAAACGGACGGCCUACGAUGUCUUGCCGCUGAGCUACCGCCUCAUUGUCUUCGACACCUCGUUGCUGGUGAAGAAGAGUCUGAGCGCACUCACACAAUGUGCGAUCGUGUCUGCCCCGUUGUGGGAUGCGAAGACUUCAACCUUCGCCGGCAUGCUCACGGCAUCCGAUUACCUCAACGUCGUGCAGUACUACUGGCAGUUCCCCGACCUGCUGCCUCAGAUCGACCAAUUCCGCCUCGACAAGCUGCGUGACAUCGAGCGCGCCAUCGGGGUCUCCCCCAUCGAGACCGUCUCGACGCAUCCCCUCACCUCCCUCUACGAAGCAUGCCGGCGCAUGCUCGCCUCCCGUGCCCGCCGGAUCCCCCUGGUCGACGUCGACGACGAGACGAAAAGGGAGAUGGUCAUCAGCGUCAUCACCCAAUACCGCAUCCUGAAAUUCAUGACCAUCAACGUGCCCCAGACGCAGAUGCUCAAGAAACCGCUGCGGGAGCUGAACAUCGGCACCUACGAGAACCUGGUGACCUGCUCGAUGGACACGCCGGUCAUCGACGUCAUCCACCAGCUGGUCCAGCGGAGCAUCUCGUGCGUGCCCAUCCUGGACCACGAGGGAACCGUGCUCAACGUCUUCGAGGCCGUGGAUGUCAUCGCCCUGAUCAAGGGCGGGGACUACGACAGCCUGACCAUCAGCGUCGGCAUGGCGCUCAACCAACGACCCGAGGAUUUCCCGGGCAUCUACACCUGCACGCCCAACGACCGCCUGCACACCAUCUUCGAGACGAUCCGCAAGUCCCGCGUGCACCGCCUCGUCAUCAUCGACGACGCCAAGAAGCUCCAGGGCGUGCUCUCGCUCAGCGACCUCCUCGACUACACGCUGAACAGCCCCCUCGGCGACGAAGACGAGCGGUGA